AUGCGUUUCUCAUCCCUCGUUUCCUUCGCCAUCGCAGGCGCAUCCAUUUGCACAGCGCUGCCUAGGAAUCUGACCAACUUCCUGCUCGUCACUACAUCGCAAAUAGACCCGAGUGCGAAUACCUCGGAACUCAAAGCCGUAUCCGCUACUUCGUUAUUCGACCCCUUCCACCAGCCCGCCCUCCUCCUCCGCCUAACAGGCCCUGGUUACGGAUCCCUCCCCAACUUCACUUUAGCAGAUGGAACGCUAUCAACCAUGGCCCUAGCACCCUUCGGUAACACAUACGAGCGUUUCAAUAGCACUGUCGUGACAACGGGGUCGGAGCUACAGUUCCUCGCAUCGGUGCAGCCAGCGGGCAACAUUGCGUUGGAUGACGGCUACCUCUUGACUGUGGACGGACAGAGAGAAGGAUGGACGAUUUGCGAGGGUGCGUUGGAUAAUGAGGUGUUGAGCUGGAGGGGGAAUGCGAGUGACUGCACGAAGACAUAUGUGCAUGCUGUGUUGAAGGCACCUUACUAG